AUGGUUGAGAAGCUCUACGUCACGUACAACGAUGUGCACAACCUCUGCCAGGAGUCCGCCGUCAAGAUCCUCGAGACCUUCCAGCCCCAGCUCAUCAUCGCAAUCGGCGGCGGUGGCUACGUUCCUGCCCGUAUCCUCCGUUCCUUCCUGAAGAAGCCCGGCAACCCCAACAUCCCCAUCCAGGCCAUCGGCCUCUCCCUGUACGAGAGCCUUCCCGAGACUUUUGGCGGCAACUCUACCCCGGGCGUCCCCGAGGUCCCUGGCACAAAGGUUACCCGCACGCAAUGGCUUGACCUGACCGCUAUCGGCGAGAUGGAGAACCUCGUCGGCAAGCGCAUCUUGAUUGUCGACGAGGUCGACGACACCCGCACCACCCUCGAGUACGCCGUCAAGGAGCUGGAGAAGGACGUCGAGGCUGCUAGCCAGCGCCUCGGCAAGGGCCAGAAGACUGAGUUUGGCAUCUUUGUCCUCCACAACAAGGACAAGGCGAAGAAGGGCACUCUUCCCUCUGAGAUGAUGACCUCAGGUCACUACCUCGCCGCGCGCACCGUUGGCGACGUCUGGAUCAACUAUCCCUGGGAGGCCAUCGAUAUUGCCGAGCACGACCGCCACGCGGCCGAGGCCCUCGCUGCGCGCCAGUAA